AUGGCACCCCCCGCUGUUGCAAAGACCAAUUAUCCUCUUAUAAAGCUCCCGCAUCCGUUCUUAACAACAUACCGAGUACGAUCAGUUGGCGAUACAGCACCAACCAAGCUUGCCUUGAUACUGGAUAAUGAGCCCACAAAUGGCCAACCGCUGUCGCAACCGCUGCAUCUCGCUACUCUCUCGUGGGUAGACUUGACAAGAAUACCUGACGAUCAGUGCCCACCUCCUUCCGACAACAGCCCAUGGGCCAGAGCGCGUCGAAGUCCGGCGACUACCUUCCAGUGGAAAGGUGAUACAGUUCCCACUCUGGGCCAGAUUUGGAACGUGAUCCACGCAAUCUUUCUGGCCUAUCCGACACUGGAAUGCUUCAGGCUCACCAUGUUGGGAGAGGGGAAACAAGUGGUGUCGAGGGAGCUGGCUUACACCGGUCUUGGAAUAGAACACCCGAAGCCACGGAUUGGCGUAGAUGGGGACAAUGCAUCUUUGACCGAGCUAGUGAUUCUUCGAAGUGCAUUCUGGCAAGGCGCAGGCUCUCCGACAGGCCCUCGACCAAUCUGGGUUGUAGGAGAUCGUACUGAUGAUUCCUUGAGAAUAAAUUUGGCCCAGUACCCGCCUAUGCCUGAGCACUACCAAAUCACGAAUAAGUUUCCAAGCGAGCCCGUUUAUACCCGCCAUCCGACACGUCGACCAAAGCCGUGCCCGGGCUCAAUAGUCUAUAGUCGGUACAUACCAGAGAUCGAUGCCCAUUUCUCUCUGGAAGCUGUCGAUUGGCAGGAUGAUGAACAUUUGAGGCUCUUCAACACAUGGCAGAACGACCCCCGAGUUGCCAAGGGAUGGAAUGAAACGGGGACGCUGGAGCAACACCGAGAGUAUCUACGCAAAUUGCACUUUGACCCUCACGUUCUUUGCUUAUUCGGCCGCUUUGACGAAUCUCGCUUCGCUUACUACGAAUUGUAUUGGGCAAAAGAGGAUCACUACGGCGCCCAUUGGGAUGCGGGGGACUAUGAUCGAGGACGGCACUCCCUUGUUGGCGAUGCUUCAUUCCGCGGCGCCCAGCGUGUCAAUGCGUGGUAUUCCAGUUGCAUUCAUUACUGCUUUUUAGAUGAUCCACGAACAGAAAACGUUGUUGGAGAACCCAAAGCAACUGGCUCGACUAUCUUAUCUUACGAAAACUCUCAGGGCCUCACUAUUGGUAAAUAUGUCGAUCUUGGCCACAAACGAUCGGUGCACUCUAUAUGCAGUAGGGAGAAGUGGUUCCAGCUAUGUCCUCUCUUCUGGGAUGGACGUGAGCGGCCACUUGAAUCCGCUGAUCUGAUUUUGUUUGCUCACGCUCAAUGCGAACGGUGGCAGAGCGCCAUGGGGCUGAUACACAAGCUUGGAGGUUAUCCUCGCCUCAUAUUGGCUGGAAAUCCUACACGGCUUGAUGCUGGAAUGCUCUUCUGUGGAACAGUGUGCGCAAUAGCCUCCGGUGUUCCGUUCCCAUUGAUUGGGGUUAUCUUCGGUCAACUCCUCAACGACUUUAAUGCAGCGACGUGUGCCGAGACUGAAGAGUCUGGGUCUGCCUCAGAUCUCCAGAGUGGGAUCAAUAGCAAGAUACUCACAAUAUUCUAUCUGGCAAUUGCGCAAUUUGUCCUAAUAGGUGCCCAUCUCUUCUGUUGGAGUACGUACGGUGCUCGGUUGGCGCAAAGACUUAGGGAGCGCUAUCUCCAAAACCUCCUUCGACAAGAGCCUUCGUAUUUCGACAAUUUACCUCCCGGAGAAGUCGCCUCUCGAAUAAGUGCAGAUAUCCAGACAAUACGCUCAGGCACAUCUGAGAAGGUGGGAAUAUGUCUCGCGAGUGUAUCCUUUUUUGUAACGGCAUACAUCGUUGCUUUUGUCAAAGACCAUGACCUGGCUGCCAUGUUGAUCUCACUAGUUCCGGCGUAUUUCUUGAUGUCUUUUGUUGGAAGCCACUUCAUCGAGAAAUACGCCGGGCUGAUGUCCGAUUAUGCCGCCACAGCUGCUUCAAUUGCCUCGGAGGCUCUUUCCAAUAUCACCGUUGUGCAAGCUUUUGGUGCCAACGCCCGCCUGGAAGAGAAGUUCUCCGAUGCUCUUAAAUCGUCAAAACGAGAAGGCUUGAAGAAGGCUCUGGCUAUCGGAAUUCAAUCUGGAGUGCUGUAUUUUGUCGCUUAUUCUGCAAAUGCCUUGGCCUUUUGGCAGGGAAGUAAAAGUAUCGCGGAUUUAGUCAGCCACAAGUCUGGCGGUGUCACAGUCGGUUCUACAUUCACAGUGAUUUUCAUUCUAGUCGAAGCUACAUUACUCUUGAGUCAGGUUGCGCCGUUUGUUCACCUCUUCAUGGCGGCUGUUGCUUCUUUCGAGAAGCUUCGUGAGGAUAUGGAUCGUGAACCGUUGAUCGAUGGCACUUCAACUUCCGGCCUUACACCAUCCCAAGUGGCGGGGUAUUUUGAACUCAAGAAUGUGUCGUUCACUUAUCCUUCCAGGCCAGAGAUUAUCGUCCUCGACCAAGUCAACAUCUCUGUUCCCGCCCUGAAGCAUACAGCUAUUGUCGGUCUUUCAGGUAGUGGCAAGUCUACGGUUGCUAGUCUCGUGACAAGAUUGUUUGACCCUACCAAGGGAGAGAUCUUACUUGACAACUACAACAUUAAAGAUCUUAAUACUCGCACUAUGAGAAGCUUCAUAAGCUUGGUCCAGCAAGAACCAUCUCUACUUGAUCGUUCGAUUUUAGAAAACAUUUCGCAUGGCUUGGUUAAUUCCAGCAAAUCCGACCAUUCAGAUUUGAAGCCGAUACUCCUUGGCUCAAGCCUUGCUGAUCUUGCAAGCGAAGUGAGAGAGGGCAAAGAUUUGUUGGCUGCAGCGGAGGAACGUGGCCCUCAAGUUGUCAAAAUCGUUGCCUUGGCUCGAAACGCGGCAGUCCUUGCAGAUGCAGAUUCAUUCAUCGAAAAGCUACAAUAUGGAUAUGCUACACUUGUGGGAUCGAGUGGUCGACUCAUUAGUGGUGGUCAAAAACAGAGAGUAGCUCUAGCAAGAGCCCUUGUCAAGGACCCUGCUGUUCUGAUCUUGGACGAGGCUACCGCGGCUUUGGAUUCGCGAAGCGAACAGAGAAUCCAACAAGCUAUUUCCAAGAUUGCGGGCGGCAGGACCAUACUCACCAUUGCACAUCGCUUGUCAACUAUUAAAAAUGCAGACAACAUCAUAGUCAUGCACAAGGGACGAGUUGUCGAGGAGGGAAGCCAUUCGGCCUUGAUGGAAAAAAGUGGCGCUUAUGCCGACCUGGUUAAGCUGCAAACACUGGCAACUACAACCGAUGAGAAUGAAGCUGCCAGCCUAAGAGGCGAUUCUGGCAUACUGGAUGGCACAUCAGUCACUGAUAUCGAUGUCGUCUCUGAAAAGGGUAGUGCAGCUGUGUUAAACGAUGAUCUUGACGAGGCGGGUGACUCCCGGCUUUCAGAUACUCAGGAUGCAGAAACCUCUUUCCCCCAGAUAGAAGAUGAACCCGAAACCCCAUCCACGUCUUUCUGGGCGCUACUCAAAGGAUACGCACCGGCAUUGAGGCCACACAUUCUUAUGGUGGCAGCUGCACUUAUCGGCUCUACUAUCGUCGGUGGUGCAUUCUCUGGCGAGGCCGUAAUAUUUGGAAACACCGUAGGUAGCUUGGACAUUUGCAAAAGCCCGUCGAGUAUUCGAUCAAGCGGCAACUUUUAUGGGCUCAUGUUCUUUGUUCUCGCCAUCAUCGAGCUAUUUGCCAACAUCGUCAGUUGGACCGGGUUUGGAUGGGUCUCGGAGCAAAUUGUCUACUCAGCGCGAGUUUUGUCAUUCCGCUCGCUGUUUGAGCAAGAUCUCCAGUGGCACCAAUCUAACGGGCGGACACCUGCUUUACUUCUCUCCUAUAUUACCAGGGAUGGCAGUGCAUUAGCUGGACUUAGUGGCUCUGUUAUUGGCACCCUAUUUUCGAUUACGAUUAACCUCAUCGCGGCAAUUGUCUUGACGCAUAUUAUUGCCUGGAAAAUUGCACUUGUUUGCCUAGCAUUGGUGCCUCUUCUUCUCGGAGCUGGCCUAAUGGAGCUCCGCGUUCUUGGUAACUUUGAGGAGCGCCACGAGAAUGCGUACAGCAAAUCUGUUGAUAUUGGCACAGAAGCAAUCGCAUCCAUAAAGACAAUCUCGUCACUGUCUCUUGAACAUGAGACGCUAAAUGUUUAUCGGCGAUCACUCAAAGGCCCGCGUCAAGAAACCUUCAAAGUCACUCUGCAAGCAAGCUUUUGGCAAGCCCUUACCUACUUCCUUGGAAACUGCGUGAAUGCAUUGGCUUAUUGGUGGGGAUCAAAACAGAUUCUCGCAGGUACCUAUACACAAACCCAAUUCCUCAUUGUCGUCUUCUCUCUUCUUGUCAGCGCAAUGCUAUGGAGUCAAAUGUUUGCCCUUGCUCCGGAGCUUUCUAGUGGCCGGGCUGCAAUGGCAAGGAUUUUGAGCCUUGUCAAUAUGGGAUCGGCAAAGAUGCAGGGGGAUCCUCAACUUAUGCAGUCAAGCACGGGGCCCUCAGCAGUUAAAGAUCUCGAGGCAAUAACUGAGGCGAAUAGCUUCCAAUCAGGCUCCAAUAUUGCCUCGACCGUACAGUUUCGCAAUGUACACUUCUCAUAUCCUGCUCGUCCAAAUGUCGAGGUGCUGAGAGGAUUGAGCAUGGAAAUUCCUGCCGGUAGUUUUUGUGCUCUCGUGGGCCCAAGCGGAGCGGGAAAGUCCACAAUAAUUUCACUGGUCGAACGUUUGUACACAUCGCAGUCCGGAUCCGUUGUAAUAGACGGCUUCGAUGUGACGGCCAGCCGUGGUGUAUCCUUCCGUGAUACAAUCGCUUUGGUGCCACAAGAAAAUGUGCUGUUUGAAGGAACUAUCGAGUUCAACAUCGCUCUUGGCGCUAGACCAGGACAAGUCGUCUCGGCAAAGGAGAUUGAAGAGGCGUGUAAACUCGCCAACAUCCAUGAUGUUAUUCAAGAUCUACCCAACGGCUACCAGACUCUUUGUGGACCUAAUGGUAACCAAUUUUCGGGUGGUCAGAAACAAAGGCUUUCGAUCGCAAGGGCUCUCGUUCGUAAACCUAAGCUUCUCAUUUUAGACGAGCCGACGAGUGCGCUUGAUGCUGAAUCAGAAAGGCUAUUGCAAGAUGGUCUUGAGAAGGCAACGAAAGGAAUCACCGUGAUCGCAAUUGCGCAUCGCUUAUACACAAUAAGAAAAGCAGACCGUAUUUUCCUUAUUGAGUCAGGUCAAUGUGUUGAUUACGGGCUACAUGAAGAACUGUUCAAGAGAUCACCGACGUAUAGGUUGAACGUGAUGCACCAGUCUGUUGCCGAGUAA